UGCCGUUUCUACACACAGUCGCUUGUUGCUCCGCACUAUUGCCAGCUCUCUACACAUCUAUUGGAUCGCUCGCGCGCGCGCGCGCGCAUAGUUCUCGGAGCGCUCGAAUCGCGAGCCUCUUUCGCCGCUCAGCUUGGUUCAGCUCUCCUCCCCGUUAUCCCCCACACAUGAAUGACGGUUUUAAAAACUUUGACGAUGCCCGCAAAUACGUUAACGCGAGACUAAUUUUUGCCGCUUCUUGUCUGACAAGGCACUUAGAAAAGAAUUUUUGCGCUGGUUAUCAGGAAAACCAAAAAUCUGAAACUAUGCUUGUCAAAGCAAGCUACAAGAGUGUUUAAUUCCAAAAAAUCAGAUUUUCACAUUGAUAAAAGUGAAAAUUUAGUCGGUUAAUUCUACUCAAAAAACGCGGUCUGACCUUGUUCGGUCCACAAGUAUUAUUUUUUCGUGAAAAUAAAUCUCUUGAAAAUGGUGCGAACGAAGCAACCUCGUAAGACGCGUUCGAUGCGUGAAGCAACGGAGGAGAGUGAUUCUCUUGUCAAAGAUUUCGAGAGGCAAGCUCUCCAGAGAAUUCACAAGGCCGAGGCUGAUAUGUCGAUGCAAAUAAACAUGAUAUCGAGUUCGAUCGACGUCGCAUUGGGGAGUUUGCCAACGGACAUAAGAAAAUUAACAUUGGGUGAGCUACUAGCAUUGAAUAUGAAUAACGAAGAUGAAAUUGCGUUGGAAACAACGGACCCUUCGUCGGAAAUUUCUUCAGUGUCUAGAACAGUUCAGAAACCAAAAAAAGUAGCGAAGCGUGUGACUGCAGCUUCGGACGACGGUUAUGCUACAGAGUCGACAACUGCUGCAAAAACUCAUGUUUCGAGAAUAAAUAGUAUAACAAAUUCUGCGAAUCAUCAACUGCGGAAACAUCGCAGUUCAUCGACCGACAGCAACACCCUUAAAAAAACAACUCGUACCACCAGAAGUGUGUCUCGCAACAGAAAUUCCAAACUAAAUGCAGAUUCGGAGCAAGAGGACAGGAAUAACCUCUUAAAGACCGCCGGUCGCUGUCCACCAUCAUCGCAAAAGUACAAAACUCCCUCAACAAAAAAUCAAGUUCCAUUCUACAGCGUCAUCACUCCAAAAAUCAAACCCAAUACGCCGUUGAAUAUGAUGCGACGGCCCAGACAAGGUGAAAUGGUUCUCAGCAUGCAAGGAAGUCCUCUUCUUGUCUCCACUGUCGAAGAACGCACUGCCAACAUCAACGUUCCACUUCAAAACGGAGACAUAAUCUCCCUUCUGCCUAAUCCUGGACUCCGACUUUCUCACUUACCAGCAGUCGAUGACGAAACCAUGCAACAACUGAGAACUCUCAAUGGACACCUAAACAAGGUGAUGGGACACAAAUAGUUGCCCCAAAACAAGGCUCUUUGGCUGGAUUGCGAUAUACAUUGGGAAUAUUUUUGUACCUAGAGACUCGUGUUAAGAUAUUUGCAUUCCCAUCGUCCAGAGUAUUUUUCAUAUUUUUUAAAAUUAAACCGUAUGAAUGAUAUUCAUGUACUGUAUUAGUUGAUAAUUAUUGGGGUGAUUGUCAUUUGUGUGUGAAAAUUUGUUCAAUUUUAAGAUUCUAUUAUAACGAUUGUAAGGUCUGAAUAGCCGGUAUGAUAAAGUUAUGAUGAAUAUUUUUGAUGGAUAUAAAGUACUGAUGACAUCAAGUAUAUAUAAUUUUGAGGCCUCACAUCGACCAAAUAUUUACAUUAUUUCCUAGAACCACAUGAAAUUAUUCCAUGAAUAUGUCAUUAUCUUAUUUUAUUUUCACUGUAAUAUACACUUGCUCCAUUACGAUUUUAUCUAUAUUUGUUCAUUCAAUACUCCCUGCCUGCGGAGUAAAAAAUAGGUGUAGUAUUAUACUGCAUUUACCGAAGUUUUUUACUGUUUGUAAUAUCUGCCAUUUUUCAUAAAUGUAUCGAGAAAAA